CAAUUCACCUCCACAAAAUCCCAAGUUCAGUUUAUCCAUUCAAAACUUCUUGCUCUCUCAGCUCACUCACCGCUACAAAAAUCAACGCCACCACAUUUAAAAUCUACUUAAUCUUCUUCCCUAUAAUCUUGUCUACAAUCAUUCCCAUAACCUCACAAUGAUUGCAAAUCUCUCUUUAUCCCCUCGCCAAUUCGCCAGAUUCAGCACCUCACGAAUACCCAUUUCCGAUUUUCCCCCCAAAUCCAAAACCCCUAAUUUAUUCAAACCUCUAUCUUCUUCGCCAUGCUCAAUAAUUCACAGAGAUAGUCCGAUUCUAUUCCGGAGCAGAGGAUUACGAGAUGCUGCAAGGAAAAAGUUUCGAACUUGCGCGAUUGGCGGGCUUGAUUUUGGUGCGUUCGAGAGCGCUCAAUCAGUUCUUGAAGCAGCUGCCGUGUUGACUGCAAUCAUCGUGGUUCACGAAAGCGGCCAUUUCUUCGCAGCUUAUCUUCAGGGGAUUCACGUGAGUAAAUUUGCAGUUGGUUUUGGUCCGAUUUUAGCUAAAUUCAAUUCGAAAAAUGUUGAGUAUUCAUUUAGGGCUAUACCUCUCGGUGGAUUUGUUGCGUUUCCUGAUAAUGAUCCCGAUAGCGAUAUCCCUGCCGAUGAUGUCAAUUUGCUGAAAAAUAGGCCGAUUUUCGAUAGGGUUGUUGUGAUUUCUGCUGGUGUGAUUGCCAACAUUGUGUUUGCUUAUGUUAUCAUCUUUGCACAAGUACUGUUUGUUGGAUUGCCUGUGCAAGAAUCGUUCCCUGGUGUGCUUGUGCCAGAGGUGAGGCCGUUUUCGGCCGCCUCAAGAGACGGUUUGUUGCCCGGUGAUGUGAUUUUAGGCCUAGAUGAUGUUGAGCUUUCGAGAACCGGUCCUAAUUUGGUUUCUGAGGUAGUUGAUGUGAUUAGGAAUAGCCCGAAUAGGAAGGUAGUGUUUAAAGUCGGAAGGGGGAGUGAGAAUGUGAAGAUCAAUAUCACCCCGGAUAAGAAUGUGGAUGGCACCGGGAGGAUCGGAGUUCAGUUGUCGCCUAAUGUGAAGCUCACGAAGAUUAAACCGAGGGAUCUGUUUGAGGUGUUCCGUUUCUCUGGCCGUGAGUUUUGGGGUUUGUCUUCUAAUGUUCUGGACAGUUUGAAGCAGACAUUCAUGAAUUUCUCCCAGUCCGCUAGUAAGGUUUCUGGUCCCGUUGCCAUCAUAGCCGUUGGUGCAGAAGUUGCAAAGUCAAACACUGAUGGCCUUUACCAAUUCGCGGCUAUUUUGAAUCUGAAUCUCGCUGUGAUAAACAUUCUGCCUCUGCCUGCCUUGGAUGGUGGAUCGUUGGCGUUCCUCCUGAUAGAGGCGGCUAGAGGCGGGAGGAAGCUCCCGUUUGAGUUGGAGCAGCGGAUCAUGUCAUCUGGGAUCAUGCUGGUUAUAGUCCUCGGGGUUUUCCUUCUUGUGCGUGACACGUUAAACCUGGACAUCAUCAAAGAUUUGUUAUGAUUCUUGGCCAGGUAAAUGCUUCGUUUCUUGAGAUGUUCGUAUGAGGAGAGGCCAAUGAUGCAUACGCUGGUCGCUUGUUACUGUUGCUCCGCGUAAAUACAUACGAUAAAUCCCCUCUUCAUCUGGAUCUUGAGGUCUAGUGAACAUUAUUGAUUGUCUAGUGCUCAACACAUUAAUCUAAAUACUUAGAUUAUAUACUCCAUCUGUUUUAAUUCGAGAAUCGUUUUAUAGUUACCAGUUGGACUCGAUAUGAUGAUCUUUGUAUAGUUUUUCGAGAUCAUGUGUAUCAUUUUUCUGUGUUGCUGCCUA